UCAACAAGUUUUAAUGUAAAACAUUUAAUUUCUUCUUUUGUGCAAAAAACUAUGAAAAUGUUCGUCACUCUCUUCGUUGUCUUUGCUGUUGCUUCUUCAGCUCUUGGUGAAUGUCCAGUUCCUCCAAAUGUUCCUGGUGCUGAUAUUGGCAAAAUUGCUGGUCGAUGGUACAGAAUUGGUGGAAAAUCUAUUAUAACUGGUAACCCAAGAACUGAUUUAUACAUUACAGAUGAUUUCAUUCCUCUGGAGGAUGGAAACUUCAAUUAUACAAUCACUGAAGCUUAUUCUGAAGAUAUAAAGUUUAGCGUAUAUAAUUUAGCCGAACGCACUGAUAGUCAAAAUUCAUUGAAUGUCUACGAUAUUGAACGCAAGGUACCAUAUCACAUGACCUACUAUAUAAUCGAUACUGAUUACGAUAACUAUCUGGCUGCUUAUGCUUGUUUAGAAACUCCUAUUAGCACAAGCCCCGUAACCAGCUUCAUUUUAUCCAGGACUAACAGUAUGAGUGCUGCAAAAUAUGACGAACUGUCCAAUUUGUUGGUUAAUAUAUUCAAAAAAUAUAGCCCUGAUUUUGACCCAGAGGACUAAAUAUUGUGGACUUAAGCAAACUUUUUUAUGGAACACAAGGAAUGGUUGCAACUACAUCAUGUAGUUAAGGUCAAUUCCCUUGAAAGUAAAGAUUCAAAUUUUGCAAUGGUCAUUCUUCUGACAGUAAAAUUUUGUAAGCUGACCUUUAUAUUAGACAAAAAUAAAAGAUAAACUAAAAUGAAGCAAAUAAUAACAUUGAGCCAUUAAGAUAACUAUGCACAUUUUUGAAGCAUAAUAUAAAGGUUCAAGAUUAAAGAUUUACUUUACCUCGUGUA